AUGCCCCGUGCCACAGCCCCUCGUGCGAAGAUACACGUCAAGCGAACUCCCCCUCUUCUUUUGACACAACGAGUCCAUCCUCAGAGCGGCGACGGACCACGACUAUGGAACGCAAAGCGACGCAUCAAGACCAGCAAAGGUCUACCCUUUUUCCGAGCACAUGCUCUGGUCAGUAAAGAAAAGCUACAAGAGUGGAAGAGGUCUUCAUGGGAGAGGCUCAAUGCCGAGGAGCGAAAAGCAUUUACUCCCAUUUUUCGCGAAGACGGCCUAAAUACGGAAUGGUGGAAGCUGGACAGGAAGAAUCUCGAGAGGUUCAUGGACACCCACCCGAGCCUGCGCGAGGUAUCCGCCGAUGUCAAGUCGUUCAUCGCAGCUGGUUCGAUCAAUUUCGAGAGGUCGACAAUUCUUCGACUAUUGACAAACCCUCCCCGAUACUUUGCACAGCCACAUAAUGUCCCUCUCAGCAUGCGCCGGCAGGUGUACUUCCCCGAUCCCAAAGAUACCGUGGUCCUGAUGCGCACACCGCAUCUAGGUCCUCGCUACGCCGCUUUCGAUGUACCGCUCCACUUCAACAAAAUCGACCUGAGAGCCUACCUGAAAGACGUCUAUGGCGUCGAUGUCCUCCACAUCCGCAGCGUGGUAGUUCAACAAAAGGUAGAGAGAGAAGACGGCAGAAAUCAAUACUCCAAAGGCAAAUUAUUUCGUCCACCCAGCAAAAAGAAAAUGACAUGUCUCCUGGCGAAACCGUUUGUGUAUCCCGCAGAACCAGAGGACCUCGAACCCUGGGAACACGAACGAUACUGGGAAUCGAUGAAAGCCAUCGUGGAGAGGAACCGGGAGCAAUCCGAAUGGGGCACGAUGAACCCGGACCGGAAACACAGAAAGACAAUCGCCCUGCAAGCGCAGCAAUUACUCAAGGGGAAGAUGAAAUGGGCGCCGACGUGGCAGAAUUUUGCCGACGAUUGGCGGGCUAUGCGAGGAUUGGGGUCCUCCGACGCCAACUCGCAGCCACCGUCUUCGUGA